GCGCCGGCGCCUUAGCAUGCUGCGAACCUCCAGUAUCCCGAGCCCGCUGACUCCGGUGAGCCACAUUUACCAUUUGGUACCGUGCCCCAGAAAGUGCUGUAACCAGAAAUAUGUCGUCAGCACGGAUCGGAGCGGGGACAUUCAUGUCCACGUGCAGGGCGAUCUCAGCCAGCAAGACAAGCGAUGCGUGUUCCUCACCGUCCACGACCUUGGAACUAACCACUCGUCCCUGGUGGACUUCGUGACCAGCCCGGCCAUGAGCGAGAUCAAGGAGCGCUCCUGCUUCAUCCACGUGGAUGUGCCGGGCCACGAGGAGAACUCGCCCGACCUGCCUGAUUCAUAUCAAUUCCCAUCCCUCCAAACGCUAGGAGAAGAUCUGAUCACCGUCCUGGACUUCCUUCACGUUCGCUACGCCGUGGGCUUGGGAGAAGGCGCAGGCGCCAACGUCCUCGCUCGCUGUGGCCUUGCCCACCCUCGAAGACUCCUCGGCUUGAUCCUGGUCAACUGCACAGCAUCCACAUCAUCCGUAGCUGAUGCGUUCCGCAGCAGGUUCUCGAGAUGGAAGGGCGCGGAUAUCUCGCAGUCGGAGGAGGACUUCCUGAUCUACCACAAGUUUGGACACCAAAUGUCGAGCGACGCGUGCGAGGCGGCUGAGCGCGAGCGAAUGCUCGCCGAAUACCGCUCGCGGCUGCGCGGGAACCUCAACACGCACAACAUCAAGCAGUAUGUGCGCGCGUUCAUCAACCGCAAGGACUUGAUCCUCAAGGGCUGUCAACCUGACAUUCUGCUGCUAACGGGUGCACUCAGUCCAUACGGCAGCGUGGUCGAGAAGAUGUACAAGGAACUCGACAAGGAGAAAGUCACCAUCCUCAAGAUGGAGCGGGUCGGAGACGUGCUGGCUGAGGCUCCAGCCAAAGUGGCGCAAUCGCUGCUGCUCUUCUGCCAAGGGCAGGGCCUGCUGACGUCACUACCGCCGCCGGGUGUAGAACGGCGUAUGUCCCGCGCCAUGUCCAUGGAGGAAUACGACAAGCCAAACAUCCGGCGGCUGUCGCUGACGCCGGCCGCCGACUCGCCGCCGCCGCGCAAACUUUAGGCACGAGUCGCCGCUCUGCCGGAGUAGCGAGGACGGAGCGGUGGAUGAUAGGUACCGAAACGAUUGUAUCGUAGUAGAUGUUGCAAAAAUAUAUUGAAAAUCAGAGGUACAGUGUAGAGUAGUAUCAAAAGCAUUCUAGUUGUUGGCAAUACGCCGCUGUUUUUUAAUUUAUCACAAAGAAUUUAAUGGGUGACUAUAACUA